CCCCCUCUUCUAGUCUUCUUCCUCCGAUCGAAGUGUUCUUGCGAGCCUUAUCAAAAUAAAGAAAAGUGUUCUUGCGCGGAAGCCGCCCUGAUCCCUCUAACCGCAGAGAUCAUGGAGACCGGCAGGAAGCAGCGUCAGCACCACCACUUCGUUCUGGUGCACGGCGCCUUCCACGGCGCGUGGUGCUGGUACAAGGUGGCCACCGCCCUGUCGUCCGCGGGCCACCGCGUCACGGCGCUGGACAUGGCCGCGUGCGGCGCCAGACCCGGGCGCGCCGAGGAGGUGCCGUCCUUCGAGGAGUACAGCCAGCCGCUCCUGGACGCCGUGGCCGCGCUGCCGCCCGAGGAGAAGGCGGUCCUCGUCGGCCACAGCUUCGGCGGGCAGUGCCUCGCGCUGGCCAUGGAGAGGUACCCUGACAGAGUCUCCGUCGCGGUCUUCGUCUCGGCCGCCAUGCCCGCCGCCGGGAAGCCCAUGAACCUCGUCUUCCAACAGGUUUUGCAUGAACAGCGGCCAGCAGAUUUCUACAUGGACUGCAAAAUCGAAACGAGCGGCGAUCCCGAGCAUCCCGUGGAGACCCUUCGGCUCGGGCCACGGUUCCUGGAGCAGAGAAUGUAUCAGUCUCUCAGUUCCCCUGAGGAUCUGACCCUGGCGAUGGCGGCGUUGAGGCCGUCACGGCGGUUCCGGAACGACGCGACGAUGAUGGACGGGGCCGUGCUGACGGCGGAGCGGUACGGCGCGGCGAGGCGUGUGUGCGUCGUCGCCGAGGAGGACGCGUCGUGGUCGGCGGAGUUUCAGCGGCGGAUGGCGUCGUGGAACCCCGGCACGGAGGUGAGAGGGUUGCAGGGAGCUGAUCACAUGCCGAUGCUGUCGAAGCCAAGGGAGCUCUCGGAACCACUCAUGGAGGUAGCUGACAAGUACAGUUGAGAAGCAUGUAUCUUUCCUUUUAAACCUGAAUUACUCUGCAGAAUGUUUGUUCAAGUAUGAAUGUCGGAAUCAUUGUCCAGAAAAAAAAAAUGCCACGAGGAGUUUGCAUCUGCAUCAUGAAGAAAGAUUUAGAAUGUCCAGACAUUUGUUGCAGAAGGAAACUUUAGACAUGAUUCUAACUAGAACAUUUCUCAUAGUUG